AUGUUCACCCGCUUCGGCGCCACCCGCCCGCUCACGCGCCCUCUUGCGCGUUCGUAUACGGCGUUUGCCAGGCCGCUGCCCGUCUCGGUUCGCCUCGCCCGUGGCAUUGCGACCUCGCCGCCAUGGGGUGUCAACGUGACCCAGCCCCUGGGUGUCAACCCCUCUUCGCCUCUCGGCGACGGUGGCCCCGAGGACAUUCCCCACCACGGUAUCAACGUCGACAAGCCCGUUCGCAUGGACACUGCUCCUGCUCCCGAGCCCGGAAAGGACUUUGACAUUGUCAUGAUCGGCGCCGGCAACAUCAUGUUUGGCAGCGACCAGGGUCCCUGGAACCACUCGUUCCGUCUCGAACACAAGCUCGGCCCCCGUCUCAAGGUCAAGGCUCUCAUUGACCCCAACGUUGCGCGCGCCAAGGAGAUUCUUGCUAAAAAGUGCGCCUCGUUCGUCGAGCAGGCCUACAAGGACACGAUCGUGUACAAGAGCCUCGACGAGUAUGCCGCUGCUCUCAAGGCCGAGGGCGGAGCCGAGCCCAAGGCCAUCAUUAUCGGUGCUCCCCCCGCGUUCCGUGGCGGUGUCUCCAAGGGCCGCAACCUCGAGAUUGACCUGAUCAAGUUCUUCCCCAAGGUCGCGUACUUUAUCGAAAAGCCCGUCUCGGCUGGGCCCGUCGCCGAGACCUGGGAGGUCGCCGAGGACCUGGUCAAGAACAACAACAUUGUGUCUGUCGGCUACAUGCUCCGCUACCUCCGCUGCGUCCAGAAGAUGAAGCAGAUCAUCCACGAGAACAACCUCGUCGUCAUGGCUACCAACGCCCGUUACUCGGCCGCCUACGAGUCGAUUGACAAGCUCGCAUGGUGGGACAAGUCCAAGGACAUGGGCCCGGUUAUCGAGCAGGGUACCCACUUUUGUGAUCUGUCGCGCUACUUUGGCGGCGACGUCAACAUGGACUCGGUUGUUGCCCACUCCGUGGAGUGGUACGAGGAGCCCGGCAAGCUCUCCAAGAUCCCCGUCGACGAGAGCGUGAUUCCCAAGGAGGACCGCAUCCCGCGUAUCACCGGUGCCGUGUGGAAGUAUGACAACGGCGCCGUUGGCUCGUUCACCCACACCGUCGCGCUCCAGGGCACCGCCUACGCGUGUGAGCUCGAGGUCUGGGCCGACGGCUACCACAUGCGUCUCGUCGACCCGUACAACGCGCCCGUGCUCCUCAUCCGCCGCCCCGGCGACGACCACGAGGAGCGCUACGCGUUCACCGACGACGACCCGUUCUUCUCUGAAAUCUCCAACUUUAUCGACGCCAUCGAGGACGGACCCAACCCCCACAUUCUCAGCAGCUACGUCGACGCCACCAAGACGUACGAGCUCACGUGGAAGAUCCGUACCGCCUCGGAGGCGGCGCGUGUGACCAAGUAG